UUUAGUUUCCAUCCUGUCUCAAGGAUGUAUUAUUUCUUCUAGCCGGAAGGCCUAUUACUCAGAAAAUGUUAGAGUGUUCAUGCAUCCUCAAUUGGUCACUUAACUUAAACCUUGGGCAGUAAAAGGACUGUUCAAUUAAGUUGCCUAAGAUUGUAGGAUUCUGAGGAUCUCAUCAAGCAGCUAACCAGUUCACCUACUAGAAGAAAAUGAAGAAUCGUCAACAAAGAAGAUUGGAAUUCUUUAAUUGAAGAUAAUACAAGUGUGAAUCGGUAGUUCGGCAUUAUAUUCAUAACUUCUAUGUUAUGAACCAGCUGUGUACUUAUUCGCAAAAAUAGAUUUUCAACCUGUUGAGUGUGAACGUAAAAAAAAAACACAUUCUUAACAAAUUAGCGAUGUGGUCUUCCAAGUCUUUACCAAAUCGAGUCGCUUUGCGUCGUUCAAACACGUGUUACGUCUCGAUAUUCGGUCCAGGCGCUUUUCGACGUGCGGGUGGAUCCGAUCGGUCGAUUCGUGUAUGGGAAACGGUAUCGGUAUGCCCAUCGGUACCGGUACUUGUUCUUUUAUUCGUUGUGCCGUUAAUAACUUUGUCUCCUCGAGAUAGUUACGACUAUGGAUGACUCGUUUGUUUACUGUGUGAUUUAAAGUGUACGUAAAGAAUCAUUCGUGUCGUCGCCGUUGUGGAGUCCGGGCGUAAACUCCAUUUAUCGGUUCGUUUCAUGGGUACCUUCAAGCCUUCGAGACUGAUCGACUUCAAUAACCAGCAGCCUAUUUUGCAUGUGACUGGUCUAUUUCCAAGGCUACAUAUUUGGAUAGCUUCAAAAUGUAUUUUGAUGUCUUCUCGUCGAAGGAGCCCUGAAACCUCUCGCCUGAGGAUGGAUUCUUACGCUGCCCCUGCUUCCGCUUCUCCACAGAGGCGAAGGGAACUGGACAAUGUGAUGAAGAAGGCUCGUAAGGAAGGUCCAGAUAAGAGCGACUACUGGAACAAGAAGCUCAUCGAGGUGGAAGAGAAAGAUCCUAACAGGUGGCGUCACAGUGGUUUCAAGGAGUUGUACGGAAGCAAGAGUCCUUCUGGUAGCCGGUCUAGGUCUCGCACCCCUCCUCCUCGUGGCGCGGGGUGGCCUAAGUCACCUCCCCAACCCACCACUCGACCUCCGUCUCCGCCACGCAAGAGUAGUGCCAGCAAGGUAGAGAAAGUGUCUUCCAGCUCGUCUCGGUCCAAGACAUCUCGUCCCAAGUCACCGAGGCCAAAGUCUCCCAGACCAAAAUCACCUAGACCCAAGUCUCCUAAACCUAAGGACCCUAGAAGGAGGUCAAGGUCUCCUAGAACCAGACCGAGAUCGCCUGCUGCAAGACCGAGAUCACCAGCUGGUAGGCCAAGAUCACCAGCUGGUAGGCCAAGAUCGCCAGCUGGUAGGCCUAGAUCACCAGCUGGUAGGCCAAGAUCACCAGCUGGUAGGCCAAGAUCGCCAGCUGGUAGGCCUAGAUCACCUGCAGGACGGCCAAGAUCACCAGCUGGUAGGCCCAGAUCACCAGCUGGUAGACCGAGAUCACCAGCUGGUAGACCAAGAUCGCCAGCUGGUAGACCAAGAUCGCCAGCUGGACGACCAAGAUCACCACUGUCCUCUAGACAAAGGUCACCAGCUAGAGGAAGACCUAGAACUCCUCCUGGAAGACCAAGAUCAAAGCAGAGAAGACCUCCCUCACCUCCUCCCAAGAGACGUUCUGAGAGUGUCAGUGGAAGUUCCGUGAGCAGCUGUUCUGAUGAGUCUUGCUCCGUCUGUUCUCCCAAGAACAAUUUUGACCUGACCCGAAGACGUUCUGAGAGUGUCAGUGGAAGUUCCGUGAGCAGCUGUUCUGAUGAGUCUUGCUCCGUCUGUUCUCCCAAGAACAGACCUAGGGAUAGAGCGAGGCCCAAGGAGAGAGCGAGACCCCCUUCUCCCAGACCUGUGGUUACUAGAUCUAGGUCUCGAUCAUUCUCAGUGCCUCGCUCAAAACCAACUACUACUGUUGUUGAAAAACCAAGGAGGAAAAACAAAAGUCGCAAGCGUGAAAAGGAGAAAGUUUUGAAAAUCGGACGAAAGCGUGGCAUCAAAGUGGAGUCUGAAUCGGACAGAUCAAGCUCUCCUUCACCAGGGCCACGGCUCACUCUGUCUGAGAGGUUUGGCAAGAUGGCGCAGUUCUCUGUGGAUCGAGACAUGGAGCAUCGCAACCUACGAAUCACAGCAGGCGAUCACAUGACUGUACACAUGGACAGCCCGCCAUCUCCUCCUGGCAGCCUGUCCUCAUUCCCCGAGGGGUCGUGGGACGACGUCAGAGUGAGAUACACCUACUACAAGGAGCAAGGCUACCUCCGAGACUUGACACUGCAGGACUACAUCAAGUGGGAAGAGUGGUGGUACAAAUACCAGGACUGGCUCAGCACUGAGAGGUAUUCCCGAUAUGACGGCUACCCAAGUCCAUUCCGCAGAAGCAGUCGGGUAUAAUAAUAACCUACUUUUCAUUUUGUGACAGUAUUACUGGCAAAUUUUAUACAUAGAUGUGGACUUUGGUUAUUUCACGGUUUGGGUUGGUAAACUUGAACAGGGUGUGCCAAAUUGUAAAAAAUGAUAAAAGAUUAAUUAACCUGGCUAAACUGUAAUACAACUGUAAAUGUAUGAUUUUAACGUAUCUUAAACAGUUUUAAAAACAUCUUAAUUGCUUGUAAUUUAAUUAUCUUAAUUGUUUUUUAUUCUUAGUUGCCAAUAUGUUUAUAGAAUCAGCUGCAUGUGCAUGAGAUUUUAUUUUUUCAUAUUUUUUAGUUGAGGUUACAAUAAUUAUUUUCUUUACAAUUUUUUAGAUGUUGAAAGAAAAGAUAUUGUGCAAAUUAGUUCUAAGAAUGACAAAGUGACUCAAAUUUUAAAAUCUAGAAUCUCAAGUCUGCCAAUGCUAGAUUAAGUUGCUAUUGUUUCUGACUUGACAGUUAAAAUUUAGUUCCUUGCAAUGACGACAUGUUGUGUAUUGUUAUAAUUAAUUGUAGAAUGUUAUUUUGGACUGAUUUUUGUUGGAUUUUAUGAUGUUGUAACAUAAAUUGAUAAUGCUGAUAGUGCAAACACUACUUAAAUCAAGAAAAAUCAAACCACCAUUCUGUAAAAUUUGUAUUAAUUCUCAUUAAGUACACUUGUACUUAUUAUUACGCUAUGGAUUUGUUGUUAGUAGAACUUCUUAUGUGUCAACAAUAACAAAUAACGAUUCAAACAAUAUAAUAAACUUUUUGAUUUUCACAGUUGUGUUGAAAUAUACUGGGUGGACCUGAACUGUUCACUAUAUUUUUACUUGAGCAUUAAGACUAAAAUGCAGUUUUUUUUUCAUUGUUUGCUUUUUUCACAAAUCUCUCUUUGAAUUAAGAAUUUGUUAUUAUAAAAUUGGAAUACGUUAUAUUAAAACGACGGCCUAUCUAUUACAGUCCUAACCAGGGUAGGUACUAUAGUACCUUAGUAGGACAUGAAUAUUAAAUAGUAAUUAUCUUAAGUUUAGGCUGUUCUGUUACCCAAAACAAUAUGGGGGUUACAACUGGUAUACAAAUUAGGGGUCUGCAGGCCCCCGAUAUUUUCUGGUCGGGUCGGACCAGCCCAAGAGAUUUGUUUUGGCUAGAAAAAUGUUGGUCGCUUUUAUUUUUGCGAUCUCAGAAAGUGUCAAUGGAGAUAAUAAUGUGAUCUAAAAUGACAAUUUUGUCACGAAUGCAAGUGAUGAUCAUGGUUUUACCCUUAUCAUGGGAGACAAUGAUGUCACUGUGACUGCAAAAAAUGUUUACUAGUUCGCCGUAACCGCAGAGUAUGUUCAAAAUUUCACUACAUCCUUAGAAAAUGUCUUGGUUUUUGCCGUGACAGCGAAAGACUUACAAUUUCACCAUGAUCACGGAAGAUGUUCACGAUUUUACUAAUUCCGCAUUAAAAUCCAUUUUUUAGCCCCUGAGCUGUAUAAUAACUAAAAUAGGCUUUACCUUCGUCACAGCAGCUCAAAUUCUUGUGGUGUAACUACGUUAUGGCGGUUUUGUCAUUACAAUGCCAUCGUCAGACUACAAAAACUAGGCUGAAGUAGCGUCGUUGAAGUUUAAACACGUAACACAUACAAACAAUAGGAAACAUUAAAAAUAUUUACAAAAACCGAUCACGCCUGUCAUACUAACGGUUGACAUGUUCCUGUUCCGAGCAAAAAACCGUUUUUAUUUAAGACUGCAAAAUAUGUUCUAGAUUAGCCGUGACCGCUAACAUUGUUUUUAAUUUUGCCAUUUUAGGUAGAACCAAUUGAAUUAUUAGAAUAAAUUAUUAUUUUUUUUAAUCAAUACUUUCCAAAGUAACCCCCCGAAAUUUUGGCCCGACCGACCCAAAGGAAAAAGUCCGUCCCACAGGUCCCUAAUUUUUUACCACCAAAGUAUAAAUUUUAUAAUAGGCUACCAUGAUUAUACAUUUUUAUCUUGACCUAAGAUACUAUAAAAACUAUUUUGAGAGUUUAGGUCACCCUGUAUAUUGGUUCUGUAGUUAAAAUGUCUUGUUUAUACAUGGAAUGUUUAUUUGAGGCUGCUUUAAUCUUUUAUUUAGAAAAUGAAUUUGUAUGUAUAUGGUCUAUGAUGUAGGUGAGGUAAGUUAUUUAUUUAAUAUUCUAUGUAUGUUUAGGAUUAAUAUAGCUGUUAUUUAUUUAUUGUUUUCCUUGAAGUCAAAUGUUUAUUUUCUGGCCAUGUAAAAGAGCAGCUUUCCUUUGUUCAUAACAUGUAUUCUAUGUGACUGAGAUUUUUAGUGAUUUUGCAUCACUAAUUUUACUGACCAACAAAUAAUAAAACAUGAUUUUAAGGUA